AAAAACCCUAAUUUUGUAGGGUGGGGUAAAGUACGCAGAGAUGGUGAAGACGAAAGAGAAGAAAGUCAAUGUGUCGGGUAAGCCGAAGCACUCGCUCGAUGCGAACCGGACGGAUGGGAAAACGGGCAGCCGUAGCGCCUCUACGGUUCGCCGCCUCAAGAUGUACAAUACGAGGCCAAAACGCGACCGUAAAGGAAAAGUUUUGAAGCAUGAGUUACAGUCUAAGGAGUUGCCCAACACUCGCAUACAACCUGACCGCCGUUGGUUUGGGAAUACACGUGUUGUAAAUCAGAAAGAGCUUGAAUUCUUUCGCGAGGAGCUCCAAAGCCGAAUGUCAAGUAGCUAUAAUGUCAUUUUGAGGGAGAAAAAGUUGCCAUUUUCUCUCCUGAACGAUCACCAGAAGCAAGCCAGAGUUCACCUUCUUGAUACUGAGCCUUUUAAAGAUGCAUUUGGACCAAAAGGAAAGAGAAAGCGUCCAAAGCUAUUGGCAACAGAUUAUGACUCUUUAGUUAAGAGAGCUGAUGGUUCUCAAGAUGCCUUUGAGCAGAAGUAUGGUGCUAGUACAUCUGCAGAAGGAAAUGAGGGAGAUGGAUUUAGGGAUCUGGUUCGGCAUACAAUGUUUGAGAAGGGUCAAAGUAAGCGUAUAUGGGGUGAACUGUACAAAGUAAUAGAUUCAUCAGAUGUUGUUGUUCAGGUUUUGGAUGCCAGAGAUCCUCAAGGUACUAGAUGUUAUCAUUUAGAGAGGCAUUUGAAGGAGCAUUGCAAGCAUAAACACAUGAUUCUUCUGUUAAACAAGUGUGAUCUUAUUCCUGCUUGGGCUACGAAAGGAUGGCUUAGAGUAUUAUCCAAGGAAUAUCCGAGUUUAGCCUUUCAUGCUAGCAUCAAUAAGUCUUUUGGCAAGGGUUCUCUGCUAUCAGUCUUGAGACAAUUUGCCCGCUUAAAGAGUGACAAGCAGGCUAUAUCUGUUGGUUUUGUUGGGUAUCCCAAUGUUGGAAAGUCGUCAGUUAUCAACACACUGCGUACAAAGAAUGUAUGCAAGGUUGCUCCUAUUCCGGGGGAGACUAAGGUGUGGCAGUAUAUAACACUCACAAAAAGGAUCUUCUUGAUUGACUGUCCUGGAGUUGUUUAUCAGAGUAAAGACACUGAAACAGAUAUUGUACUAAAGGGAGUGGUCCGUGUAACAAAUUUGGAGGAUGCUGCUGAACACAUAGGAGAAGUCUUAAAACGUGUCAAGAAGGAGCACCUCAAGAGAGCAUAUAAGAUAGCAGACUGGAAAGACGAAAACGAUUUUCUACUUCAGCUCUGCAAAUCAACUGGUAAGCUUUUGAAGGGUGGUGAACCUGAUGUAAUGACAGCGGCAAAGAUGAUCCUUCAUGACUGGCAGAGAGGUAAGAUUCCUUUCUUUGUUCCGCCUCCACGACAAGAUGAAUCCACGGAUGAACCCAAUGUGUAUGGGAUAACUGAGGAGGCAGUUGCAGAUAGUAAUCAAGCAUCUGCGGCUCUCAAAGUCAUCAAUUCUGUGAUGUUGUCCCAGCAGGAAAAAAGUGUUCCUGUUCAGAAGGAUCUCUUCAGUGAGGAUGAAUUGAAUGUUGAACUUGAGACAGCAAAUCAUCCUCAAGCUAGCGAUGAUGACACUGAUGAUCAUCCUGCAGCCUCUAACGAUGAAGAUCAGCUUUCAUCUUCUGACACUGAAAUAGAUGAAGAUCAGCCUUAAACAAGUGACUCCUAGAUUGCUGUCCUAGCAAACAGAUGAAAAAGCCUGAGAAAACCGGGUUAUUUUUAUAUGAAAAAGAAAAUGGAAAAUUCAGUUUUGUAAUCUUUUCUUUUUUAAUAUUUAAUUUUAAAUUAAGUGAAAUUGCUAGUAUUCCAAGUGAGUUGUUAGUUUAUAGGCGUUCUCAUCAAGCCCAAAGCUAAAUUAGAGAGACUUGUGUCUUCGUUUCCUUUCGUGAGUUUGGUUGAGCCAUUGGGUUCUAGCAAAAAGUGUAGACAAAUUUGAGUAUUUAUAAAGUAAUUCCAUAAAACCCUUUUCAUGA